GUAACAGAAAAUUCACUUUCCUUCCCCCCCAAACAGCAAAAGCUCUCUCUCCCUGUCACCAUUAAGAUCAAAUUCAUCAUCCAAAUCCGAGUUGCAGACACUGAAGACACCUUAAAGACAAUUAAAAAUUACCAGACGCAUUUAUAUUUCUCUUUCUCUCUCUUUCUGUGCGUGUUUGAUAAUCGAGAAAUGAAGGAUGAUGAUGCCCUACCAAUAUCAACACCGACUGCACAUACACAUACACAUACACACACGCAUACACAGAAAGAGACCUCCGAUUCGAGUCCAUUCGGUAAAGGCCGGUACAAAUUCUGGGCACUAUCCGCCAUCUUGCUUCUGGCUUUCUGGUCCAUGCUCACCGGCACUGUCUCCCUCCGGUGGUCCGCCGGCAAUCUCAACCGCUUCUCCGAUGACUUCGACAUUCCCAUCCACGACGAUCUCGACGUUCUCGAAAUGGAGGAGAGAGAGAAGGUUGUUAAGCACAUGUGGGAUGUGUAUACAAACAGCCGAAGGAUCAGAUUGCCUCGAUUUUGGCAGGAAGCGUUCGAGGCUGCCUACGAGGACUUGAUGAGCGAUGCCCCUGGCGUUCGAGAGGCUGCGAUCUCCGACAUCGCUAAGAUGUCUUUGCGGUCCAUUGAUUUUGAGCUAUCUCUACUCCAAUCAUUGCGCACACACGAACUAAGUUUGAAGCAAGGAGUGAGAGGCCACAAGGGGGCGCUUUCAGGUGGGAGUUGGCUAUGACUCGGUGAAGUUAAGGAUGCAAGCCUACAAGUUUCCAUUUUUCCGUACUCGCUUCAUCUCAUCAAGUUGCUGACAUGCGGCCCAAAGAUGUACUUUUUGAGCAAAGAAAUUUGUGUUUCAUACAGGAACCAAGAUGUAUUUAUUCGAUUUUUUUUUUUUUGG